AUGGCCAACGGCGUCGUCGCCGGCGCCGCCCCAGGCCAUCUCGACGAUGACGGUCGCCUCGGUGCCUUCGAUCCUCCGUCCCGCAAGCGUCGCCGCUCUCGAGAGCCGGACUGGAACAGUUUCUACCGCAACGGGCUGCCGAAAGAGAUCAUCGUCAUCGACGACACUCCCCCUCCGCCCGAGGCCAAUACGAGCCGCAAAAUCAACAGCUGCAACACCAACGGUCAUGGCUCAGGUCCGGUAGAUCCCCCGCUCUCUGCCGUCGUCGACCAAGCCGCCACCGGCCCACAGCAGUCGACGAGGAAGCGGAGGCGAGGGGACGGCCAAGAUGCCGUCCGUCCGUUGGGCUACCAUGUCCAGUACGUGACCUCGCUCGGAAACACCUCGGCCGGCUCGACAUUGUCCAACGACUGCUCCAGCUCGACCCUCUCAAACACGGCGCCCACCUCGCUCUCAUCCAGCAGCCAGCACGAGGACACCCAAUCCAUUGCCAAACGGCCACGAAGACGGCUCUGCAGACAUGUCGCGAGAGAGGCGAAGCGUCCAGCCGUUUCCUACGACACGUACGAAGAUAGCGUCGUCCCCCUCCCGGACUUGCCUCCCCCGCCUCAAGAAUGGCUUCAUGUGGACGAUGCCAUCGUGCCCUACAAGCCACCCACCUUCCCGGCCAAGAAAGCCGGCAACGUCCAUGUCCGGGUUGUCAGUGGCGUGAGUUUGUCUCUGUCCCCUCAUUCUCGCCCCCUCCCCCUCCCCCUCCUAUCGUCAUUGUCAUCUCCUUCUCCGCUCCCUCUUGGUGGCAAUCUGCUGACUCUCUCGCCGUCUCAGCGCCACCAUUACAGCAAUGCAGAGGUCGACGACGACGACGGUCACUACAUCGUCGUCCCCGAUGCCGACCUCACCGACACAUAUCAAAUCACCAAGCUCCUGGGACAGGGCACCUUUGGCAAGGUCGUCCAGGCUCUCGACCGACGGCGGAACGAGCUCGUUGCCGUCAAGGUCAUCCGGUCGGUCCAGAAGUACCGCGACGCCGCUCGGAUCGAACUUCAGGUGCUCGCCACGCUCAAGGCGAACGAUGAGGAUAAUCGGAAUCGGUGCAUACAUCUCCGCGACUGCUUCGACUACCGCGGUCACAUCUGCAUCGUCAUGGACCUCCAUCGCCAGAGCGUCUUCGACUUUCUCAAAGCCAACAGCUUCGUGCCCUUCCCCAACAGCCAGAUUCAGAGUUUUGCCCGUCAGCUGUUUACCAGCGUCGCUUUCCUUCAUGAUCUCAACCUGAUACACACCGACCUCAAGCCGGAGAAUAUCUUGCUACGUGAUGACUCAUACCAGACAUUUACCUACAACCGCAACAUACCCUCGUCCUCGACAAACGUCUCCCGGCAAGCCACCCAGCGCCGUGUUCUCCUCGACUGCGAGAUUCGCCUCAUCGACUUCGGCUCGGCCACUUUUCAAGAUCAAUAUCAUUCGUCGGUUGUGUCGACGCGCCAUUACCGAGCGCCCGAGAUCAUCCUCGGCCUGGGUUGGUCGUUUCCCUGCGAUAUUUGGAGCAUCGGCUGCAUCCUUGUCGAGUUCUUCACCGGCGACGCCCUCUUUCAGACGCACGAUAACCUCGAGCAUCUAGCGAUGAUGGAAGCCGUGCUCGGCUCUCGCAUCGAUCCCCAUCUCGUCCAGCAGGUCAACAAGAUGUCGACGCGAAGCGGUGGAAAUCCGGCAUCCAAGUACUUUAAGCGCGUCAAGCUCGACUACCCCACUCCGGACACGACACGGGGAUCUCGUCGUUUUGUGAAGGCGAUGAAGCCUUUGAAGAACUUCAUCCCCGCGGCCAACAACUACUACAGCGCCUUUUCGGACCUGCUCCGUAAGAUCUUCGUCUACGACCCGGCACAACGCAUCACUGCCAAGGAGGCGCUCGAUCACGAGUAUUUCAAGGUCUGGUGCCAAGCCGACGACGGAACCCAAGCGGCCAAGAUCCGACGGGAUCGAAAACGAGACGAAGAGGAAAGGGCGCGUGCCGCUGACCACAACAGUCGUGCAUGA